UGUAAAUGUACUCUUAAUAUUGUGUAAACUGAAUUUAAAAAUUUAAAAUAAUUAUAAAAAUAUAAUAUUAUGUUUAAGAAUAUAGUACUAUGUUUAAAUGUGUUACAUUAUAACCCUAUUUAAAUAUAGGAAUAGAACUAAUUUGAUAAAAUUCAAUGGAUUUAAAAUUACUUUGAAAUGUAUAAUAACAAAUGUGAAUUGAUUAUUCGAUAGAUGGCGGAUGAGCAAUGUGUAGUGAUAGACAACGGUUCAUUUUCGCUGAAAAUAGGCUUAUCUGGCAGUUACAGCCCUUCUUUCAUAGUUCAUUCAGUUGUAGGAAACCCAAGACCCAAGUAUAAACACAACUUUACUGAAGAUUUUUACUACGCUGAAGAUGUGUAUUCUAGCCUUGAGUUUAUGUCCUUGGAUCACUUGAUUGAUCAUGGACACAUUUCAGACUUUGAUAAGAUGGAAGGACUUUGGCAGUAUUGUUUCACUCGACUUGAGGUUCAUUCAGAUUGCAGACCAGUGCUGUUAACAGAAGCUCCUUUUACUAGUCCUAAGCACAGGAUAAAAUCUUCUGAAAUAUUCUUUGAGCGUUUUAACGUCGAUGAUUUGAACAUUUCAGUGGCUGGUUUACUUUCAAUGUAUGGCUUAGGGAAGCUAACUGGCACUGUAGUAGAAGUUGGUGAUGGUGUAACUCAGGUUUUGCCUGUAAUUGAAGGUUACUCCGAGCGUUCAUCAAUUAAGAGGGUGGAUUUCGGUGGCAUUGAACUUACAAUGUACUUACAAAAGAUGCUAUGUACUAGAGGAUACUGUUUAACUUCAAGGCCUGACUUUGAACUUGUACGUGAACUUAAGGAAAAAUAUUGUUUUUGCUCAUUAGAUCCCUUUACUGAUGAGAAUAGAAGUGAUUUAGUUGAAGUAUAUGAGUUACCUGACGGCAAAGUCUUAAGGGACGGGGAAACUAACGAUAUAGAUUUAUCAUUGGAGCGAUUUUAUGUUUGUGAACCUCUUUUCAACCCCUCAAUUGUCAAUAUUGAUGCUCCAAGUAUUGUUACUACUAUUUGGAACGCCAUUACUUCUAGUCCAAUUCAAGACCGUACCACGCUCACUGAUAGUAUAUUUGUUUGUGGAGGUACAAGUUUAUUUCCCAACUUUGAGAAGCGACUUCAGAUGGAGUUACAGGACAUUGCUCCGCCAGGCGGUAGGAGUAAAGUUAGAGUUACUGCUCCCCAGGAUCGAGAUACACUAGCCUGGCGUGGCGGGUCCAUACUCUCAGAGCCCAAACUUAAGGACAUUAGUGCUAACAUGUGGGUCUCAAGAUAUGAAUGGGAUGAAUCUGGCCCUGAAAUUAUAUUACGCAAAUUUGGUCUCGACAAUUAAUAUAAAAAAUACUUUUUUAAUACCGUAAUGUUUUAAUAAUAUA